UCCAUUGUUAGUCGCUAACAGCUGUUCGAACCAACACUACACAGCUGCCAGCCGGUCUCCUUUCUGUAAAUCAGCUGCAGGAGCGGUGUAGUCGCGUUCAGUUUACAUUUAUGAGAGUAAAGCAGGUGUGGUGUUGGUGUUUUCCUAUUGUAGUUCUAGAAAAUUCUCAUAUUACAAAAUCUUCAAGUUAUGAAAUAUUUUGAUAUAUUGUGAUUUGCAUAUUGAUUUGUGUCAUUUUAACGUAUUGUCAUUUGUUAAUACUCGUUUAGUUCAAAACCAAACCUGCCAUUGCUGAGAAGCUAAGUGUAUGGGAUAAUCUACCGGCUUUUAAACAUCAAUAUUAAUUUACGCACAUGGAGUUUUUAUUCUCAUAUAAUCGCAAGAAGUAAGUGAAAAUGAGUGUUCCUUCCGAAGCUUGUGGCAGUAUUAUUGUUGUAUCCAACAGACUUCCAUUUGUACUAAAACGAAAUGAUAAGGGUCAACUACAAAGGACGGCUAGUGCUGGGGGCUUGGUGACUGCAGUAGCGCCAGUAGUGGUGCGUUGCAAUGGUAUCUGGGUUGGCUGGCCUGGCCUCCACCUCACCAAUGAGUCGGAACGUAUUCCAGAGUCUGACCCCAAUGAUAAGACACCCACCGCUGGAUUACGGUCUGACAAGGUAUUGGCAGUGCGCUUGGACCCUCAAGUGUUUGACAGCUACUACAAUGGCUGCUGUAACGGAACCUUCUGGCCUUUGUUCCACUCUAUGCCAGACAGAGCGAACUUCUCUGCGGACCACUGGAAGGCAUACUGUGAGGUGAACCAAGAGUUUGCAACCAAGACAAUUGCAGCUCUGAAGCUAAUAGGUGACAGCCCCGAGUCAGGACCACCACUGGUCUGGCUGCACGACUAUCACCUUAUGUUGGCGGCCAAUACCAUCCGCAAUGAAGCAGACGACCUGGGUAUGAAGAUGAAACUGGGAUUUUUCCUGCACAUUCCUUUCCCACCUUGGGACAUAUUUCGGCUAUUCCCCUGGUCCGAUGAGAUUCUGCAAGGAAUGUUAGGUUGUGACAUGGUGGGGUUCCAUAUCGAGGAUUACUGUCUCAAUUUUGUGGAUUGUUGUCACCGACGUCUGGGCUGUAGAGUUGACCGCAAGUCUCUGCUCGUGGAACAUGGAGGACGUACUGUGCGUGUGCGUCCUCUCCCCAUUGGGAUCCCUUAUGAGAGGUUUGUAGAGCUAGCAGAGAAAGCUCCCAGAGUGGUGACAUCAACGAGCCAGAAGAUAAUCCUCGGUGUGGACCGGCUAGACUAUACUAAGGGACUGGUCCACAGGCUCCGAGCCUUCGAGCGACUGUUGGAGAAACAUCCAGAGCAUAUCCAGAUGGUGACGCUGCUGCAAAUCGCGGUGCCGUCUCGGACCGAUGUCAAGGAAUACCAAGACCUAAAAGAAGAGAUGGAUCAGCUGGUAGGUCGCAUCAAUGGCCGCUUCACCACCCCUAACUGGUCGCCCAUACGCUACAUCUAUGGUUGUGUCAGCCAGGAUGAGCUGGCAGCGUUCUACCGGGACGCUAGUGUAGCACUUGUCACUCCUCUCAGAGAUGGAAUGAACCUGGUUGCAAAGGAGUUUGUUGCUUGUCAGAUCAACGAACCUCCUGGAGUUUUGGUGGUAUCUCCAUUUGCAGGUGCUGGUGAGAUGAUGCAUGAAGCUCUCAUAUGUAAUCCAUACGAGAUAGAACAUGCUGCUGAUGUUAUUAAUAGGGCGCUGACGAUGCCAGAAGAUGAGCGCACCUUACGCAUGAACUACUUGCGUCGGCGGGAGAAGUUGUACGAUGUGGAUUACUGGAUGAAGUCAUUUCUCAAGGCGAUGGGCUCACUGAUAGCUGAGGAUGGGGAGGAUGUACUGCCUACCACAAUGCAGCCAGUCACUCUAGAUGACUUUGAGGAGUAUUUGGCCAAGUACAUUGGAGAGCACAAGUUGGCACUACUGCUAGACUAUGACGGUACAUUGGCUCCCAUCGCUCCUCACCCUGACCUCGCAGUACUACCAAAUGAGACCAAGUGUGUACUAGAGAGGUUGGCAAACAUGACCGAUGUAUAUACAUCCAUUGUCUCUGGCCGCAAUGUCCUCAAUGUCAAACAAAUGGUUGGUAUCGAAGGUCUAACCUAUGCCGGUAAUCAUGGUCUAGAAAUCUUACACCCCGAUGGCAGCAGAUUUGUACAUCCGAUGCCGGCAGAGUACCAAGACAAGUGUAGUAACCUUCUUAAAGAUUUACAAGACCAGGUGUGCAGGGAAGGUGCUUGGGUGGAGAAUAAAGGUGCGCUUUUGACGUUCCACUACAGAGAGACACCGGCGGAACUACGACCCAACAUGGUCAAACAAGCUAAGGAGCUAAUAGAGGCAGCAGGCUUCAAGGCAGGCCAGGCCCAUUGCGCAAUCGAGGCCAAGCCUCCAGUACAGUGGAACAAGGGGCGAGCCUCUAUCUACAUCCUACGCACAUCUUUCGGCCUUGACUGGAGCGAACGCAUUCGUAUCAUCUACGUAGGUGAUGACACCACCGAUGAGGACGCAAUGGAGGCUUUAAAAGGAAUGGCUGCUACUUUCCGAGUGACUUCAUCCCAAAUCAUCAAGACUGCUGCUGAACGCAGGUUACCGAGUACAGACUCAGUAUUGACGUUGCUCAAAUGGAUCGAACGGCACUUCAGCAAACGUUUACCUCGAGACAUGCACAUCAAUGGUGCCAACACGUACCACAAAGCCCUCACUGAGGAGAUGAAGAUUCCAUUGUCAUUGCCUUCUGACGGUCUAACCGUUAGAUCUCCCGACUCACCAGAGAAAUCCAACAAAUAAACUGAAAUAAAUCGGUUCUACAGGGUCACUUAAGUGAUCUUGGACUAGAUUAGUAGAAGCAAUGUUUGUCGUGAUAUUUUUAUAGGAAUAUUUAUUGCAUCAUCCCAACACUAGUCUCAUAGUCCAAAGUGUGGGCAAAAAUCCUAUCAAAGGGGGAGAUCAAAAUCGUAUCAGAAAUGGUGUACACAAUGCUGCUGUUAUCAGUGUGUAAGUGUUCAAUGUUACUUUCUGUUUCUCGGUCAACCUCUGUUUACUGAACAUUGCUAAUACUCUGUUGCGUAACAUGUUCCUGAAUGGUAAAUGUCUAAAUUACUUUGUGUUGGCAUGUAUUUGUUUUUGACAUGUGGCACGCAUUUAUUAAAUUAUUUGGGCUUUGUAAGAAAUAUAAUUAUUAUAGAUUAUAAAAUUUACUUAGUUGUGUUAUGGGCUAGUACUAGAAAUAUUAUUUUAUCUCGUUAUUUGUCUGUAUCAUUUUAAAAUGUUUUGUUCAAACUAUUUAGUAAAAAAAAAAAACUAUGAUUUACUAUGAUUUUUUUGUGCUUUGCUAUGAUUUAUUUUUAUUUUCUGUGAUCGACCCUUUGACCAGAUUCUGUCUUGUUCCUUAUUUCCUAAUUUUAGUUGCUUUAUUGUAAAAUUUGUAGCUCCAUGUGAUCAUGAUCUUAACAUUAAUUUAGUUGUUAACAAAUUAAAGAUGAUAUAAUCUCUUGAAGUAUAUUUUUGAAGUGAGUAUUUUGCACAUACACAUUUGUUGUCAUGUUUGUAGGUAAUAAACAAUUUAUUAGUAUAACA